ACCAGCGCUGCUCAACGCACAGCCCCUCCCACUGCUGCUGCUCACAGAGAAAGACCUGAAACCAACAACAUACAGCAGCUUUAUGACGAACUAGCUAGCAUGUUUAUGUCUAAAAGCAUCUCUUCUUACUGCUUUCUCAUCAGUAUGUAACCCCAGGCUCUUGAAUCAGGGGUAGUUUGCUGUUCCACGAUCCUCCCUCCUUGCAGCUCUACUUUGUUGAAAGUCAGGCCUGAAAUGGAUGUGUGACCAGCUCAAACAGAGAGAGAGAGAGAGGAGAAAGCAAGAAAGAGGCUUCCUAUCUUACUUGUUGCAGCCCAGGAGGAGCAGCAGGAGGAGUCUGGUUGAAAGGAAAAAGCCAGCAGGCAUACAAGUUGUGUCAUGAUGUCUGAGACACAGGAGAUAGGAGAUCCUCCAGGUACAGAGGGAAACAAGCCAGAGGUCACAGCAGCUGUGACACACCUGACCAGUAAUGUUCAACAGGUAGAAAGUGGAGCAUCUGUGUCUUCUUCUUCGCCUGUGGCCUCCAUGAUCCAGACUCCUGCCACCACAGCGACGGAGGAUGAGGAUGAGAGUGAAGAUGAGUCAGAAAUCCUGGAGGAGAGUCCUUGUGGCCGCUGGCAGAAACGCAAAGAGGAGGUGAAUCAGCGUAAUGUCCCAGGGAUUGAUGCUGCGUACUUGGCCAUGGACGCAGAGGAAGGGGUUGAGGUGGUUUGGAAUGAAGUCAUGAUCUCAGAGAGGAAGAACUUCAAACUGCUGGAGGAGAAAGUGAAGGCAGUAUUUGAUAACCUGAUCCAUUUGGAACAUGCCAAUAUCGUCAAGUUUCACAAGUACUGGGCGGACACAAAGGAGAACCGGGCCAGGGUGAUUUUCAUCACUGAAUAUAUGUCAUCAGGAAGCUUGAAGCAGUUUCUUAAGAAGACAAAAAAGAAUCAUAAAACCAUGAAUGAAAAGGCUUGGAAGAGAUGGUGCACACAGAUCCUGUCUGCUCUCAGUUAUCUCCACUCAUGUGACCCUCCCAUCAUCCAUGGCAACCUGACCUGUGACACCAUCUUCAUCCAACACAACGGGCUCAUCAAGAUCGGAUCAGUUGCCCCAGACACCAUCAACAACCAUGUGAAGACGUGUCAUGAGGAACAGAAGAACUUGCACUUCUUUGCCCCAGAAUACGGAGUAAUUGAUGAUGUCACCACGGCUGUAGACAUCUACUCGUUUGGCAUGUGUGCCUUAGAGAUGGCGCUCUUGGAAAUCCAGGGGAAUGGAGAGUCCUCUUUUAUUUCUCAGGAGGCCAUCAACAAUGCCAUACAGUUACUGGAGGACCCACUGCAGAGGGUGUUGAUCCAGAUGUGCCUCGAGAGUGAUCCCAGUACAAGGCCUACAGCCAGAGAACUGCUAUUUAACCAAGCUCUGUUUGAAGUACCACAGCUAAAACUGCAGGCUGCACAUUGCAUUGUCAGCCACCACCACAUGAUUCCUGAGAAUGCCCUGGAGGAGAUUACUAAGAACCUAGACCCCAACCUGGUCAUCGCUGAGAUGAAAGAGGAUGUUCAGCUCAAGCUUUCACAGUUUCCUGCUUUGGAGCUUGAUAAAUUCCUGGAGGAUGUGAGGAAUGGUAUUUAUCCAAUGACGGCAUUCGGGCUGCCCUGUCCUCAGCAGCCUCAACAGGAGACUAUUAAAUCUCCCAUUGUCAUCCCCUUGGUCAAAUCCCCCACCCCCGAACCUGCAGAGCUCGAGACACGACGGGUCGUUCAAAUGCAGUGUAACGUUGAAUAUGUCGAGGAGGGAGCAAAGUAUCAUCUAACAUUACUGCUGAAACUGGAGGAUAAACUGAAUAGACAUCUAAGCUGUGACAUGUUACCUCAUGAGAAUGUUCAAGAGUUGGCCGAAGAGUUGGUGCAGCUGGGCUUAAUCAGUGAGGUGGACCAAAACCAAAUAGCCUCUCUACUAGAAGAAUCAUUCAGCCAAGCUCUUCACUAGCAACGGUUACUGACUCCUCAUAAGUACACUCCCUUGACCCUGUUACAUGUUCUUUUUGGUUGCUCAACAUGGUGACUAUAUUUAGUAUUUUUUAUGUAUUUUCUACUAAGCCUUAGGUGGUAAUGUGACCAAAAGGGUGGGAUUUUUCCUCUGCGUCAGGGAUUAAAACUUCCUAAAAGCACAGAAAACCUUUAACAUAAAGCAUUUUAGAGUCCAGGUGACUCCAAAGAAGCCACCUGGACUGAUUUCACAUUUCUUAUUGUAAAAUUCAAAACAUACAUAUACAGUAUACUGAUUCUUUUGAAUGUGUUGGCUGUUAAGUUUAGUUAAAAGGUAAACCCCAUUAAUGCUGUACCAGACAUUUGAUGACAACAGUACUGACCAGAUUACUUACAGCUUUACCUUUUUAAAACCACUUUAUUCUCUCAAGCCACAGUUGUAUUUCAGAGUGAGGUGUUUACAUAAUGAAUUGCUCGGCCUGUUUGUGGUAGGAUGAGACAGUCUAAAACAUCAUCAUGACUGAUUCAAACCUUCACUGGAGUAGCACCACGCAAACUCACCUCUCACUACUUUAAAUUUUAACGAUUGGAUCCACUUCUGUUGACCACCAGCAAAACUUCCCUUUCUACCCAAAGACAAUUUUACAAAAUAAGCCAUUCUCUCUGGAUCCUCAUUUCACGUGGUUCCCCCUCUCAUUUGGCUCCCUUUUGUUUUGCCUCAUAUGAUACAUACAGUAUAUAAACAUUCUCCUGUUCUUUAACUUUUGUGACGUGUUCGACCAACAUGUCACCUUUCAGGUUAAAUAUAUGUAAUAGUUUGAAAACUGGAUGGCAGAGAUUGCAAAGUUGACUUUAUAAUAGACAAAUACCCAUGAAAAAAAUAUUUUUAAAAGGCCUUUUAUACAGAACACAAUGGAUGUGCACCACUGCAUAUCACAUGCCAGUUCUCUCUGGUUGCUUGGUUACUUUGAGGUACUGUGAACUCAGUGUUACUGAAUUUCUGUUUGUGUUUGUUUUUAUAUUUUUGCGCUACUGUUAGCCUUACGCUGGGCCUACGCACAUGCCUUAAAGUCCUCUUUUCUCUGUUUUUAUUAUUGUAUUCAUUGUUUUACCAUUUGCUGCUUGUUGGGUUCACACAUGCUACUCUGCUUGUAGAAUUCAUUCAUGCGAGACUUGUGUACUGAACUCGGCUGCCAUAUGCUGUAGAAAGAGGACCUGGCCUUUUCCUGAUACAUCUGUGUGAGAGCGUCAUAUGUUUUAUUUAUGUUACAGACACUGUAUAGCAUGUCUUUACUUAUUAUUCUUUUGUUUACUGUGAUUUCACACAGAGACCACAUCGUUGGGAGUCUGAGCCAAUACAUAACAUCUCUUGUUUCCAUUGUUUUCAUUUGAUUAAACUGGGACCUAGUGGGUUCACAUUAUCCUUCUCAGAGAGCAGAGGCUCCUAAACUUGAACACAAAAUUUGACAUCAUACAUGUCUAGUUUAGACUUAUAUUGAGAUCAGGGAGUUGCAUAUGGCCUUUUUGUGACAUUUUGGCUCAGAGCUCUUUGUGGCCUACUGGUACUGCUGUCUCUGAACGCUCAUACAAUUCAGGAACUUAAACAAGCAGUAAUAUUGCAAGGAAAUAUAACAUUCUCAGUACGUAUAGAAAAAAAACAAAAGCUAUGAUACGGUUACAUACAAUAAUUUACCAUUUUUCUGGCAUUUUAUUGAGAUUAUACUUGAAGUGUCUUAUAAUAAAUACCAGUUUAAUUGACAAUUACUUUAUUAGCUUGCAGAUGGAGCUUUCCUGUGUUGCUGGUUGAUGAGUUAUGAUGUUAAAUUGGUCCCCUCACCAGUGAUAUCAUAUUAAUCCAAUGAUCUCUCAUAUAUUUCUGAAGUAUUUUUUUAAAAAUGUAUUCAGGCUACAAAUGUGUUCCAAUCUGCAUUUUUGCUAUAAUACAUACAUGGGGUAGUCUAUCUUAAUGCAUUGUUUACUUUAUUUUCCUCUGUUUUGUAUGUGUAUUUGUGAACUGCUAAGAUUGUAUAUUCCAAAGAUGUGUUUUAAAAUCAGCCAGGAGAAUGUAAGUGCACCAUUUCUUGUAGAGAGAAGUGGUAAAAACCAACCAAUGUGAUCACCAGACCAGCUUUAUUCUCUCUCUCUCUCUCUCUUUCUCCAUCUCUCUCUAUCUCUCUAUCUCUCUCUCACCCAAAUUAUUGGUGGUGUUGAAACUGGUUAUUAAAUAAUCAUUCAGGGUGGGCCCGCUUUAUCAUCCUGUAACUCAAAGGAUGUGAGCUUUUGGUUAUAUUUGUAUAUUCCUCUAUUUUGUAUAUGACAUGAGCGUCAGUAAAUGUUUGUGUGUCUUUGCAGAAUCUGCAAAGUAUGACUGUUCUUUCAAAUAAAUGUGUGAAAUGCU